AUGAGCACACAGUCCCUUUUGCAUGCCUUUGAGCUGCUUUUUUAUGUUGACUGUGUCUUGGCCUGGUUUAAAUGGGAGCAUUCUCAUUGCUUGCGUCCUGGUAUGAGUCCCACAGCUCCACCUACCACUUCAUCUCACAUUGAACUUGCAGAGGUUAGUGUGGAUUCAGAGCCAAUGCCUCACAGACAUCUUUCACACCUCUUUCUUGACCUCUAG